UUUAUAGCGUCAUAUAGCUUGACGGCGAUCGCUAGCAGCUUUAGCUUUUGUACCGGCUGACUGUCCACGUAUUUAGUUUACUUCUUGGUACUGUAUAUCUGUGAAAUCUAGUUGCAAUAAUGUUGCAGAGCGUAUUUGAUGAUGUGAUACGUAUGAAUAAGCGUCAGUUUAUUUAUCAAGUUCUGAGUUUCGGGAUGAUCGUCUCUUCAGCCUUGAUGAUUUGGAAAGGGCUAAUGGUGGUUACAGGCAGUGAAAGUCCAAUCGUUGUUGUUUUGAGUGGUAGUAUGGAACCUGCGUUUCAUCGAGGAGACCUACUGUUUCUGACAAACUAUCAAGAUGAACCAGUACGUGUUGGAGAAAUUGUCGUCUUUAAAGUUGAUGGUCGUGACAUUCCUAUCGUCCAUAGGGUACUUAAACUUCAUGAAAAAGGAGAUGCAAACAACACUGUAAAGUUUUUGACAAAAGGUGACAAUAAUUCUGUCGAUGACAGAGGAUUAUAUGCUCCUGGACAAUUGUGGCUAACACAUAAAGAUGUAGUGGGCAGAGCAAGAGGUUUCCUACCAUAUGUUGGUAUGGUGACUAUAUACAUGAAUGAAUAUCCUAAAUUUAAGUAUGCUGUCUUAACGUGUCUUGGAUUAUAUGUCCUGGUACAUAGAGAGUAAAUUAUGUUGGGGUCUCCUUUCAUAAAUCACUUCCACCUUGAACAAUGACGAUUUAAUUCUUUGUUGAGUUUUGAAUGCAGAUCUGAACCUCUGUCUUCUUCCAAUCCUUAUAGGCAUUGAAUUAUUCUAUCAAAAAACGAUUAUAAUAUCUAAUGGAAUAAAUAAUAUUUUAGUGCAAAAUCGUGCACGUUCAUGCUUGGUAAAAAUGUUAUGCACAGCCAUAUGUGGUCUGCUAGAAACUUGAUUGUUUUAUAUCUAUCAACUCGCGAACUGACUAUAAUUGAAUAUCUGGUUGUACAGUUGUUAUGCUGGAAGAUUGAGUAAAAAUACUAUUAUUUUGAUAUA